CUUUCUCUCUCUGUGCUCCGAAAGGCGAAAACCUUCAACUUGGAAGUACUUUUCUCUGAAAUUUUCCAUUUUCCAUUCUCUCUCUCUCUCUCUCUCUCUCUCUCUACUGGGAUCCAAAAGCACUUUCAAUCAGAGUUUUCUGUUCCAAACCGCAAAGCAAUCUGCCACUUCCAUUCCUGCUUUUCAGCACGAAAGUUUAAUGCUCUGGAAACCCAUAAACUUUCCUCUUAUAUAUCUAUCUAUAUAUUAUAUGUUUCCUCAACACGCUAGAGAUUAUCGCCAUAUCUGAUGCAAUAAAGAUAUUCUUUUUUCACUUUUUUACUUUUAAUCUCGCUAAGUCUUGAGGACCAUCACACUUCACCUUGUGAUCUGUAACCUCUUCAUCUCCAGCUACAUUUAGAGACUUCCGCCAAGUUUCUUGGUCAUUGAAUGUUUGUUUCCUUCCUUCUACAUUAGAUUCAGUUGGACUAACAAAAUAAGUAUUUUAUUCCUGUGUUCAUCAUUUAAAGAUGCAAUCUUUGCUGCAAGACUCAAUUGGAUUUGCCUUUUGAGCUCUAGUUUUUACUUCUUCUUUUUUUUAUUAACUGUUUGCCGUUGAUCUAGACGUUGUAGUGCCAGUUUGAUUUAAUGAGGUGAUUUCGGCUUCUGGGUCAUUGAAAUUUCGGUGAAAUUUGAUUUAGCUUUUGAUUUUUUGAUCUGGGUUUUGAGUGUGAAGUCAAGGCCUUGGAUUGCACCUAUUGGUUUAUUCCUUGAAGGGUUUUAAUGCUUUGUUGCUAAGAUGCAGCCCGAUCAGAGAAGAAAGUCAUCGGCAGAUGUAGACUUUUUCACGGAAUAUGGUGAGGGGAGCAGGUACCGAAUUGAGGAAGUAAUUGGUAAAGGAAGCUAUGGUGUUGUUUGCUCUGCAUAUGACACACAUACUGGAGAAAAGGUUGCAAUUAAGAAAAUAAAUGACAUAUUUGAACAUGUGUCAGAUGCCACUCGCAUCCUUCGUGAGAUUAAACUUCUUAGACUCCUGCGUCAUCCAGACAUUGUGGAGAUCAAGCACAUCCUGUUGCCUCCUUCCAGGAGGGAAUUCAAAGAUAUAUAUGUUGUGUUCGAACUCAUGGAAUCUGAUUUACACCAGGUUAUUAAAGCAAAUGAUGAUUUGACGCCAGAACAUUAUCAGUUUUUUCUUUAUCAGCUUCUUCGUGGCUUGAAGUACAUACACACAGCAAAUGUCUUUCAUCGGGAUCUAAAACCCAAAAAUAUCUUAGCAAAUGCUGACUGCAAACUCAAAGUCUGUGACUUUGGUCUCGCAAGAGUAGCUUUUAAUGAUACACCGACUGCUAUAUUCUGGACGGACUACGUUGCAACGCGUUGGUACAGGGCUCCUGAACUGUGUGGAUCCUUUUUUUCAAAGUAUACCCCAGCAAUAGAUAUAUGGAGCAUUGGCUGCAUCUUUGCAGAACUUUUGACUGGAAAAGCUCUUUUUCCUGGAAAAAAUGUAGUCCAUCAAUUAGAUCUUAUGACUGAUCUGUUGGGAACGCCAUCUGCUGAAGCCAUUGCCAGGGUGCGCAACGAGAAGGCUCGAAGAUACUUGAGCAGCAUGAGGAAGAAGAAGCCAAUUCCUUUUUCCCAGAAGUUCCCAAAUGCAGAUCCACUUGCACUUCGUUUAUUAGAAAGAAUGCUGGCAUUUGAACCCAAGGAUCGACCUACAGCUGAAGAGGCUCUUGCUGAUACAUAUUUUAAGGGCUUGGCCAAGGUUGAAAGGGAACCUUCUGCUCAACCAGUUACCAAGAUGGAAUUUGAAUUUGAGAGACGAAGGAUAACCAAGGAAGACGUACGAGAGCUUAUAUAUCGAGAGAUUCUGGAGUAUCAUCCAAAGAUGCUGAAAGAGUUCCUGGAGGGAGCAGAGCCAACAGGAUUCAUGUAUCCAAGUGCUGUUGACCAUUUUAAGAAGCAAUUUGCUUAUCUUGAGGAACAUUAUGGAAAAGGUGGUAUUGUUACACCACCUGAGAGGCAGCAUGCAUCAUUACCCAGGGCAUGUGUGUUAUAUUCGGAUAACUCAGCACAGAAUUCAGCAGAGGUCACAGAUGAUCUCUCCAAGUGUCGCAUCAGAGAAACUGAGAAGCCUCAUAUGGACAGGAGUUGUGGGAUCCCUAUGCCACGGCUUCCUCUACAAGUUCCUCCAAGUAUCCAAGGAGUUGCCGCAAGGCCUGGGAAAGUCGUUAGUUCAGUGUUGCGUUACAACAAUUGUGGGGCGGCAGCAGCAGCAGAGGCUCUCGAACAGCGGAGGAUGGUUAGAAAUCCAGCUGGUACAACUCAAUAUCCAAGAAGAAACCCGAACAGUAAGAAUGAGAGGGGAGAAGAUGAUAUGGUUGAAAGUUCUAAUGGGCUGCAGCCAAAGCCUCAAUACCUGGGAAGGAAAGUAACUGCUGCUCAAGGUGGAUCUGGAGGUCACUGGUAAUGAUUACAUAGUGUUUAUUUUGGGCCGAUCGAUCUCAGCCUGUUUAAUAUUAGCCAACUGCGUUCAAGGUUAGAAAUCUCAGUCUGCUACUUUUGCUGCUGAAGUGGCUGCUACAAGUUGCAAUUUGCAUCAAUAUUUGCUGCUGAAGUGGCUGCUACAAGUUGCAAUUUGCAUCAAUAUUUUUAAGUCCUUGACCCUACUCUCUGAUUCAUAAAUAACUGAGAUAGCAUAAGAUGCAUGUAGUCAUGAAUGAGGUGCAGUCAAAACUACUAAACUACUGAUCUGACCCAUUUUUUUUUUUUUUAAUUAUUUUAUUUUAUUUUAUUUUGGUUCUCAUUUUCUGUAAAAUUUAAGAAAUUUCUCUCCUUUUUUUUUUUUUUGGGUGGGGGUGAGGGGGUGUUGGAGGGUUCUUCUCCUUAAUUGUAAUAUUGGUUGUAUCCAAACGAUGAUCUCUUUUAGACAUUUGAGCAGGAAAAUUUGUUGGAAUAACUAACUGAAAGCUGGGAUUUUUCAUAUGAUAAGUAAUUGUAAAUCUUCCUGUUAGAUUUCUGGA